CUCGGAACAAUCCCUUGAACGGAUCCCAAUUUAAAAAUCCACCUGAUACUCUCGUUUGAGCUAGAUCUCCACUCUUCCUUUUCACCAUCGUCUCUCCUUUUAGGUCCACGUUGUUCGAUAGCCGACCAACCCGAAGAGUUAUGCAGAACUAACCAGGGACAUCCUAAGAACCCUGUCUGACGCGCCAACGACCAAAUUCCUUUGAUAAUUUUCCUUCAUCAGCUUCCCUAGGACCUAAACGAACGACGCAAGACGCGACUCCGGCGACAGACCGUUUUGGUGCGAACCCAUGAAGCGCAAGGACCGCACGGUGUCCAAACGUCGCUCCAAGCCGACCCUGAAGAUCGCGACCGGCCAGAACGGUCAUGCGAGGGACGGAAUGAAUUCCAACAUUGAAAUGCGUAAGAGGGACACCUCUAUCGAAUCGUCGUCGUCCGCACAAGCCUCCCGUAUUAUGUCCCGACCGAGUUUCUCCUUAGACCACGACCCCCCGGUCACCCCGGUCACCCCGUCUUUAACUACGACAAGUUUCGAUAACCUCCCUCCAAGUGAUAAGAGGAACUUUCUGCUAUUAUGUGUGCUAUACUUCCUCCAGGGAGUGCCCAUGGGCCUAGCCACAGGAUCGGUCCCGUUCCUACUCAAGCCCUACCUGUCCUACGGCCAAAUCGGUGUCUUCUCCCUUGCUUCGUACCCCUAUUCGCUGAAACUGCUAUGGAGCCCCAUUGUGGAUGCGGUAUGGAGCCGGAGAUUUGGCCGACGCAAGAGCUGGAUCACCCCGGUUCAGGCUAUUGCCGGGUUGGCCAUGAUCUAUCUGGGCGGGCGGAUUGGCGAUAUGAUGGUGCAGGCGGGCGCUAACGGAGGCGCUGGGGUCUGGAACUUUACAUACUGGUGGUUCGUGUUGGUGCUUUUCUGCGCCACGCAGGACAUUGCAGUGGACGGAUGGGCCAUCACCCUCAUGUCCCCACCGAAUAUCUCCUACGCGUCGACUGCACAGACGGUUGGGUUGACGGCUGGUCACUUCUUGUCGUACACGGUGUUUCUGGCGUUCAACUCGGAGGAUUUCGCCAAUCGCUGGUUUCGCUCUACCCCGGCGCCGGGCGGUCUCCUGUCGUUGGGCACAUACCUGACAUUCUGGGGCUGGGCGUACCUGAUUGUGACGCUCGGCCUGGCCCUCCUGAAGAAGGAAGAGAAAACACAGGAGCGGGACAGUAUUUCGGACGUGUACAAGAGCAUGUGGAGCGUGCUCAAACUCAAGAACGUUCAGACGAUCAUUUUGGUGCACCUGAUUGCCAAAAUUGGAUUUCAGGCUAACGACGGGGUGACCAGUUUGAAGUUAUUGGAUAAGGGAUUCGGCCAAGACAACAUGGCGUUGGUCGUGUUGAUUGACUUCCCAUUCGAGAUUGGCUUGGGCUACUAUGCGGGCAAGUGGUCCACGGAGUAUACCCCCAUGCGCCUGUGGUGUUGGGCAUUUAUGGGACGACUGGCGGCGGCAGUUCUGGCGCAGGUGACGGUCAUGAUUUAUCCGGCGGCAUCGGAAGUCCCUUUCUGGUACCUCUUGACGGUCAUUGGAGAGCACGUCCUUUCGACCUUUAUGAAUACGGUCAUGUUCGUCGCGGUGUCUGCGUUCCAUGCGCGGAUUUCCGAUCCUACGAUUGGAGGGACUUACAUGACCAUGCUUGCAACUGUCUCCAACCUGGGCGGUACCUUCCCACGCUACUUCAUCCUAAAGCUUGUGGACAUGUUCACCGAGGCGACCUGCACCCCUCCCAGCGUUCCUCCUUCGGCCGACCAACUGAAAGGGGAGCUGGUCACUUCCCCGUUCUCUUGCGCGCUGGAACCCGACCGGAUUCGUUGCACAAAUGGCGGCGGCUCCUGCCAUACCCUCCGGGAUGGUUACUACAUGACGAACAUCCUGUGUGUGCUGGUUGGAACGGUGACCUUCUUUUUAUUUAUCCGACCCGCGGUGAUGAAAUUGCAGGGACUUCCCCUGCGGGCGUGGCGGCUGUCCCCCAAUAGCAGAAAUUAGACCAUGAAACUCGAAACAUAGAGAAAAGGAAAACAAAAAAGCCCAAAAAUAGGGGACCGGGACAUGUUAUAGAAGGAAAUGGGCUGUAUUUUUUUUUUCUUGACCAAUACUCUGCAUGUUUGAUGUAUGUACUAAUAGAACCAUCUGGACCAUGAAACGAGGGUUGCAUUGCAUAUUGCCCUGAAUCUAGUCCCUGUCGUUCAGUACAUUUAUACGAGAGCCUGGAGCUUUGCCAUUUGCCGUGUUUCGUGUACCCGCAUUAGUGAUCGAUUAAGGUCCGAGAGUCAGCUGAAAAAUGAAAACAUAAAAA